CAACACUCGCCAGAGCAAGAACAAGGCAUUACAAUAUAACACGUAUGUACGGCAGGAGUGUGGAAAACAGCUGGCAAAUUGCAUACACAUCAGCUUCCAAAGUUGACACGUUAUGAACCUGGCAGGACCUAUCUCCCCCGUCGUUUCUGGUGACGAACAACUCAUGCGUCAAAAAGGAAAGUCGGGAACCGAAGAGCCAGUUCUGCAGGUUUUGUAAUCCGGGAAUGGGGGACAUGAAAACCCCAGAUUUCGACGACUUGUUGGCAGCCUUCGACAUUCCAGACAUCGAUGCCAAAGAGGCCAUCCAGUCUGCGCCGGAAGAGGGUGGGGAGGGGUCAGGGAAGGUUGGGGGCAGCGUGUCGGGGGCCGGGGGUCCCUCGCCAAGACCUUCCAGCCCCACUGACUCCCCUCCCAACUCCCAAAGUGAGCCUCCAGUGGUCAGUGUGAUUGUUAAGAACAGGGUGAGGCCUGACUCCUAUGAAGAGACUGAGGAGUCAGAUGAAGAGGAUGGGGACAGCGCUGGGGGCAGUGGGACAGACCCUGAGGUGGAGACUGGGAUGGGAGUCAAGGGGGGCCUGCUGAAUUCACAACUGGCUCCUAGGAUGCCUGGUAUGGUCUCCUCAGAACCUCUCCUCCAGAAUGGGUUUGAGGGGUCCACAGUCACUCUGGAGCCCAGUGUGAGAGGCCAGGGGCUGGGCCAGGCCAACGGGGAGCUCUGGUCAACCUGCUCCCCUCCUACUGCGAGUGAAGGAGGGGGCAGCAUUGGAGGCGCAGGGGGGUCGGCCUGCACAACCAAACAUACAGUUAAUAUUCUCAACAGACGGAAACCUCUCUCCUCUCAUACCUCUGCUGGUCCUAUAACCUCCAUAUCCUCCUCAUCAUCGUCGUCCUCACUCUCUGUCAACCCACACCUCUCUCCCUCCAUCCUGAGUGAGGACACUCUGUGCCCUCACGGAACUCUUUCCCCCCCCCCUCCCUCCAACGGAAGCCUGAGAGUGGGGGUGAGGCGCAUCAUGGACUCAGAUGAGGACGACUCUGAACCGGAUUUGGGAAGCCCGCUAGUGAUCCAAGAGAGCCCAGAUUCUCCCAUGUGCUCCCCUCCCAAAUUUCCACGCAGACACCGCCAAAUGUCCUCUUCAGAGCUGUUCAGUUCCCCAACUCCCUCCUCCCCUCCUCUCCUCUCUUGCCCUCCUCCUCUCUCCUCCAAACCCCCUCCCUCCAUCUCUCAGACAUCCUCCAUCUCUAAACCCCCCGCUCCAGAUGAAGUACCCUCCACCCCCAGGUCUCCCUCCCCUCCUCCUGCCCAGGCCCGUCAGUCCUGGCUGGCUGCCGCCCUCAGUAACCCCAGACCCAUCUCUAGCCCUGUGAUGGAGGAAAGAAACCCGGAACAUGUGAUCGAGGAGAGGGACUCACCAGAGAGCCCCCCGUCUGACCAGACAGGUUCUGCUAUGUCCACUGUGUCCAAGAGGAGCUCCAGCCCUGCACCAACCUCAGCAUCAACUCCACAGGGGGCUAGAGAGGGAGAGGAGCCCAUGGAGAGUGAGCCUAGCCUGGGGUGCAGGUCAGACAACAGUGAGAAGAUGGAGGUUGUGGAUGGAAGACAAACAGGAGACACGGAGACGGCUCCGGUCAAUUCUACGACAACACCAACAGCCCCCGUUCGCCCACUCAAAGUCCGAAUCAAAACAGUCAAGACCCCUACAGGCAGCAUCACCAGGACAGUGACGCGAGUAGCAUCCAAAGGAGCGGGGGGGACCCCCUCAAAAGGCGCAGAUGGCUCCAAACCCUCCCCGGGGGGUCGUACGGUCCUCAGCCGGCCCAAGAGGGUGGCAUCUCAGCAGCCUCCGCAGCAGAAGUCAAAGGGUGGCAGCCUCCUGCCUGUGUCUACACUCCAGGAUGCAAGUACCGCCAUGUUGAUGGCCGCCAGCAAGGCCCAAAACAAGAUGGCCGCCGACAGCAACAAGCCCAAAGUGUUGGCUACGGCUGUCAGCAUCACCAAGUCAGCAGCCCUCCCCUCUGUCUCUCCCGCCUCUUCCUCCUCCCCCAGAUUCAGUCCAGGGGGGGCCGGUGUGCGCAGCCUGGGCCAGAAGACCCUGAAUGGGGGUGUGUCUGUGUCCCACUCCCCCCUCCUCACCCCUCAGGGGGGCAGUAGACCAGCCUCCAUAGUGAACAGUACAGGAGCCAUUAUCUCCAGGAGCCAGUCCAGUCUGGUGGAGGCCUUCAACAAGAUCCUCAACAGCAAGAACCUGCUGCCCAGCUACAGACCAGACCUCUGUACACCACUACCACCGGAGUGGGACCUGCCUCUGCCUGCACAGGGCUACCGCUGUCUGGAGUGUGGCGAUGCGUUUGCCCUGGAGCGCAGCCUGGCCCGCCACUACGACCGGCGGUCCCUGAGGAUCGAGGUGACCUGUAACCACUGUGCCAAGCGGCUGGCAUUCUUCAACAAGUGCAGCCUGCUGCUCCACGCCAGGGAACACAAGGAGAGGGGACUGGUCAUGCAGUGUUCCCACCUGGUCAUGAGACCUGUCAGUGUAGAGCAGAUGAUAGGCCAACAGGACACCACUCCCAUCGGCAUGCUCUCUCCCUCCCUCUCCACCUCCUCUGUCCCAGCGUCCUCUGCUCUGGCUGUGACUUCAGCAGUGACCCCGGCAACCCUGAGCCCCGCCCCCCAGCUGCAGCAGCCAAUCAUCAGUAAGAAGGCGACAGAGCCGGUGCUGUACACCAAUAACAAGUGUCCUGAGUGUAAGGUGCAGUUCUGCAGCAAGGCUGAGGUGGCUGCCCACUUCCAAGAGGUCAAACCAGCCCUUAACACUUCCUGUACGGAGUGUUCUCCUCCCAUGCUCCUUCCUAACGGCUGCAGUGCCUCUGCUCACGCUCGCAUCCACAACCCCCGCCCCCCCUACGUCUGCCCAGAGUGUGGGGGUGUGGCCAAGCAGCCAGCCUUUCAAUCCCAUUUGGAGGAGGCCUGUCUCCAUUUCACACGACGCAUCGGAUACAGGUGUUCUAGUUGUCAGGUGGUGUUUGGAGGGUUAAACUCGGUCAAGUCCCAUAUCCAGACGGCCCACUGUGAGGUGUUCCAUAAGUGUCCCAGCUGCCCGAUGGCCUUCAAGUCCUCCCCCAGCGCCCAGAGCCACAUCAACACCCAGCACCCCACACUCACUGGAGGACAGGCCAAGAUGAUCUACAAGUGUGUGAUGUGUGACACGGUAUUUACCCAGAAGCCACUGCUGUACGUCCACUUUGACACCCACCUAGUCAAGCAGAAGGUGCACGUGUUCAAGUGUCCUGAGUGCCCCAAGCUCUACGCGCAGAGAAGUUCCAUGCUGGAGCACAUCAAGACUACUCACAGAGGCCCUGCGGUCAAACAGGAAGUUCCCGUUGCCAUGGCGCCCUCCCCUGCCCCUCCCCCCCGGGUGCGGAGCUCGGUGAAGACGGAGAGCUCUGACGGAGAGGAGUGGGGAAGGGAGGAGGAGGAGGAGGAGGAAGAAGAAAGGGAUGGAGAGAGCAGUAAGACAAGCCCAGGGUGGAGCUGUGCUCCCUGCCACGCCCGCUACGCUGACAGAGAGGACUACAUUACCCAUAUGGCCGAGCAGCAUGGCAAGAUCCUGAAGAAGUUCCCGUGUAGUCUGUGUGAGAACUCCUUCUCCUCUACGUCCAGCCUCAGACGCCACAUCAGAGUCAAACACAAGGGCAUCAAACGAGCCUUCCACUGCCGGUUGUGUAGUGAGGGUAAGAGGACGUUCAGCAGUAGACUGGUGUUGGAGAGACAUGUCCAGCUGAGACACGGCAUGUCAGCCCUGGACACAAAGCGAGGGAGGGGUGCAGAAGGGGCCGACAGUUCCUCGGAGCAGGACGGAGGCUCCAACCCUCCGUUCACUGUUUCAGCUGAGGAAGACGGAGGAGGGUUAAAGACUGAGGAGGAAGAGGACCAUGUGACCGAGGGCAUCAUCCCUGCUAAGAGACCUCGCGUCACCUCCUCGGCCCCCCCUCCCCAGCCAGAGUCUGGGUUCCACUGUGCUCCGUGUGGCUUCACCACCGAGGACCGUGCCGUCUUCCUGGACCACAUCCCCCAGCACCGCUCUGAGGCCCUGGGGGGAGGAGUCAGCCUGCAGUGUCUACAGUGUGGAGCCUGCUUUGCCUCUGCCCCCUCCCUCUCCCGCCACCGCUUCAUCAGCCACAGGGUUCGAGACACGCCCCCUGACAACCACAGCCGUCACGGCCAUAACGACCGCUCCCUGACAUCAUCGCCCGGCAACGGCGGUAACCACGGUGACGGGAGUCCCAGAGGGGGUUCCCUGCCGGGGUCACCCUCGUCCUCGUCUCACCCCCCCACACCGCUCGGGGAGGACGGGGAGGGCAGGGUGGGGUGUAAGGUGUGUGGGAAACGCUUUGAGAAGGUUUCGGAUCUGAACACACACUUCAGGACUCACGGCAUGGCCUUCAUCACCGCACGCAAGACAGACAAACCUGUCUGAGAGAAAAGAGAGAGGGAGGGGAAGGUAGAGAAGGAGGAGGAGAGAGACAGAGAGAGGAGAUAAUAUUUUGGAGGGAAGGAGGGUGAGAGAGUACUAUAAAGUGCAGAUAUUUUAGUAAGAGAGAGGAGGUAUGGGAAGGAAGCUCUUCACUGUAAACCGUUCUUCAGCAGUGUGUUCCUGUCAUCACUUAUCCAACACACAAGCACAUUGUGAUAACAGUUGUUUUUAUUCAAUUCUUUCUUAUUUCAUUUUCUGGCACAUUUGUCAUAUGGCAGCCAUAACCUGUGUGUGUUUGUCUGAAUGAUUCUGGACGCAGUACCUCAGGUGCUGUACCUGUCUAUACUGAGGUAGUAUUAACAUCUCACUGAGUUGUAAACAGUGGAGGCUGCUGAGAGGAGGACGGCUCAUAAUAAUGUCUGGAACGGAGCAAAUGGAAAGGCAUUAAACACAUGGUUUCCAUGUAGUUGAUACCAUUCCACUGAUUCCACUCCAGCCAUUACCACGAGCUCAUCCUCCCCAAUUAAGGUGCCACCAACCUCCUUUGGCUGUAAAUGAGUUAUUAAACGCAUUAUUACAGGUUAUAUUACCAAAUAACACUUCCAUUCAGAAGUGUACUUUUUAAAAUGACAGUUAACCACCAGUCAGUCUACAGCUGAGUUCUAUUAGGGUUCUGUUGUCCGUCAUCAACAGGGAAUGUGACUGGUGUUGGAAGAGACUAGUCAACAUGGGGGUGUGAUUUGCUUAUUGAUUUGAAUGUUUCAGUUUUUUAUGGUUCAUCCAAGCACAGAAUCUCACAGUGGAUUGGUGACAGCCACCACUGGGCUUUCUCUGUGUAGAGCCCGUCCCAGUUCUCAUUCUCACUGUUGCAUUGAUUUUCUUAUAGUUUUGUUCAUAGGCUUUGAUUUAAGGGGUUGUGUAUGUGCAGGUAUUUGUUUUUCAUUGUAAGCUCUGGAUUGGCUUUGUCUCUUGAAUGUUCUCCAUUCUCAUCCCCGUCCGUCUAACCAUAUAGUAUGAUCAGGGAUGAGAUUGGCUCCACAGAGACGUCAGGCAGAGUAUUCCUGUUGAUCCGGCCUUGUAACAUCAGGAAUUCCAGAUGAAUCAGGAAACAUCCCAUCUCAAGAUGACCCUGUAUAACCUGGAGGGGUUGGGUUGGACCCUUCCAUUACUAAAGUGUGGUUGUACUUGACCACAACUGAACCAUAACCAUGUAAAUAUGAGUACUAGACAGCUAUCCUCUCUUUCUCUCUCUGAGAGGGAGGGAGGGUCCUGGAGGAGAGGGGUGAGGGGUUGAGGACAGUGAUUGUAUGCUAAAGAAAAGCAUGUAAAGCGUGUUGAAAUACAGUAAAAAAAAAAAAAGGGGGGGGGUUUACCUUAAAGAUUAGUCACCCAAUCAGCGGUGUUAUCUCUUCUACUGUUUUGAUAAAGGUAUUGUGUGCGUGUCUCCAGCUAGAGUUUCUUCAGUUUUCAGAGAUUACAAUGUUAACACAGCCCUCUUUCCCCCUGUAACCCAAUUCUAUGUUUUCUUUCUUGCGUAGAGCAUUUCUAAUAAAACACCCAGAGAUAGAAUAUAAUAAUCA